AUCACUGACUAAUGUGAAUUCCAUCUCGAUUGUAAAACGAACGUUGCGCGUCACUACUGUGUUGCAUAUGUGUGGUGUACAAAGUUGUUUGUGUUAUCUUUCAUGUUUUUAUCAAAAAAGUGAUGUUUGUGAUCUUGUAUGGAAUUAAAUCUACGCUUAUUUAGUGAAUGGUACAUCAUCUGGAUGUUAAAAAAAGAAAAAUGUCCCGCCAUGAGAAAGCGAAGAGUGGCUUUGUAUUUAGAUAGGCACCACUGACUGCUAAGAACGAUGGAGUGUGUAAAAAGUGAAAUAAAAAGUGUUCCUAAACUGAGUUUGAGUGUGAAAAAGUGAAAAAGAAAACAGUGAAAAGUGGGUGCAAUGUAAAAAAAACAGUGAAGGAAAAAUGAGUGAGAGAAAUUAUAAUAGCUUGCCGCGUCUCAAAAGAAGGGAGACUUGGCGGAAAAGGGGGCUGGACACAUGGUUCGGGCGGCCGAAGAAGGGGGGGAGCCAGAUCGACCGGGGCUACGACACCGUGCCCCGGGGCGCGGAACCGAGGGCGGAGGACGAGGAACCGUCCGCCACGGCCGAGUACACCAGCAAGAUAGACGCGUUGGAUGAUGCACAGCUGCAUAGGAGGUUUGAGGAGAUGCUGGCGGACAUGAAUCUCAAUGAAGAGAAGAAGGAACCUUUGAGAAAAUAUCCUCGAGACCAGAAGAAGAAGAUGCUGGUCGCUUAUAAAUUCGUCAACACACAGGAAGGUCGAUCCAAGUUUGAGAAGCCAUCAGAUUAUGUCACAUACCUCAAUCAACCGGAGCUUUCAGUGGGCAAACUACACGGAUGUUUGGAAAACCUUAGGAUAUCGUUGACGAAUAACCCGCUGUCGUGGAUCGAAGAGUUUGGGACGAAAGGCAUUGAGAGUUUGCUGACGACCCUGAACCAGUGUUAUACGAAUGACUCCCGCUACGACCGAGUGCAGUAUGAAUGCAUCAGAUGUCUGUCGGCGAUCCUCAACAACACGGUCGGUAUACGCACCAUGUUCGAAUGCCGGGAGGCGCUGCCAGUACUCGCCAGGAGUUUGGACGCCAGGAAACCACACUGCGCUCUUGAAGCAGCAAAGGUGCUAGCAGCCAUAUGUUUGAUCCCCAAUGGACACGAGAAGGUCCUGGAAGCUAUCACGAUGGCUGGCGAGUCGAGUCGGAAACCUCGACUGCUGCCCAUCAUCGAAGGCCUGGAGACCAAGACUCCUGAGAGUUUGAAGACGGGCUGCAUGCAACUUAUGAACGCGAUAAUCACGGAACCUGAAGAAUUGGAGUUCCGGUUGCAUCUCCGUAGCGAAUUCAUGAGGACUGGACUCUAUGAUUGGAUCGACGAGCUGCGGUCGGGCGCGGAGGGCGCGCGCCAGAUCCAGAUGAAUGUGUUCGACACGCACGCUGCCGCCGACCAGGACGAGUUCCUCGCCAAGUUCGAUGAUGUCCGAGUGGACUUUAACGACGUCAACGAGUGUUUCGAGUUAGUGAAGAACUUGGUGAUGGACACGCCGGCCGAGCCGUACCUACUGUCCAUACUGCAGCAUCUGCUGUACAUACGGGAUGAUGAGCUUAUCAGGCCAGCGUACUACAAGUUGGUAGAAGAAUGUAUAACGCAGAUAGUUCUACACAAGAACGGUUACGACCCGGACUUCAGAGCCACGCAGCGCUUCAAUAUAGACGUGCAGCCGCUUAUUGACGGACUUAUUGAAAAAUCCCGAGCAGAGGAGGAAAGAAGAGUAGAAGAAUUAAAAUCUAAGCUAGAAGCUGCCAUAGCGGCUCGACAGGAGGCCGAGGCCCGCGCCGCCCAUCUAGAGGAGAGACUCAAGGCCGCACCCGCCACAGGACCCGCGGGGGUCACGCAUAAUAACAUCGCUGCCAUCGCCAAGGUAAUAUCAAGCCCGGGUCCGCCGCCGCCCCCGCCGCCGAUGCCCGGAGGAGCGUGUGCACCGCCGCCGCCGCCCCUGCCGAUGUCAGUCGACUCUGGCGCCCCACCACCGCCCCCUUUGCCUACAGCAGGAGGAGGUCCGCCCCCACCGCCACCGCCUCCGAUGCCAGGUGGGCCCCGUGGCCCCCCUCCGCCCCCCAUGCCGGGUAUGGGGGGCCCGCCACCCCCUCCACCAAUGAUGGGAGGACCACGACCGCCGCCACCGCCUGGAGGAUUUAUGCCUAGAAUGCCGGUACCAGACGUAUUGCCACACGGACUGAAACCCAAGAAGAAGUGGGAGGUGGAGGGGCCCCUGAAACGUGCCAACUGGAAGACUAUCGUGCCGCAGAAGAUGUCUGAAAAGGCAUUCUGGGUCAAGGUACAAGAAGAUAAACUAGCGUCCCCCGACAUAUUGACCGGGUUGGCGCUUAAGUUCUCGAGCAAACCUGUCGCUAAGAAGAGCGAGGAUGCUGUUGAUAAAUAUGCUUUCAGGGUCCACACGCUGAAGAAGGUCAAAGAUCUAAAGGUGCUAGACAGUAAAGCGGCUCAGAACCUAUCCAUCCUAUUAGGCGGUUCUCUAAAACAUAUGUCCUAUGAACAUAUUCGAACCUGCAUACUACGGUGCGAUACUACUGUGCUCACCGCUAAUGUACUGGAUUUGUUAAUACAGUAUUUACCACCAGCGGACCAGUUGAAGAAGCUGGCUGAGUUGAAGGUGAACAGUGAAGAGUUGACGGAGGCUGAGCAGUUCGCUGCCACGGUGGCUGAUAUAAAGCGACUGGUGCCCAGGCUCAGGAGUUUGGCUUUCAGGGAGCAUUACGCUGAAAUUAUAUCUGAAGUUAAACCGGACAUAGUAUCAGGCACGGCCGCCUGCGAAGAGGUGAAGUCAUCGGAGAAGUUUGCCAAAAUACUCGAGCUUCUACUACUGCUGGGGAACUACAUGAAUUCUGGCUCCAACAACGCUGGUGCAUACGGAUUUGAAAUUAGCUUCUUGACUAAGUUAACAGCAACAAAGGAUUUAGAAAACAAACAAACGUUACUACAUUACUUAGUAGAGACCAUAGAGAAUAAGUUCCCGGAGGUACUUACGUUUGCCGAGGAAAUGCCACACAUAGACAGGGCUGCAAGAGUAUCGAUGGAGAAUCUCCAGAAAGCCCUGAAGAAGAUGGAGAAUGACAUCAAGGCUUUGGAGAUGGACCUCAACAACUCGAGAGUGCCGCAGUGUCCUGACGACCUCUUCAAUGAGUCUAUGAGCUCGUUCGCGACGGAAGCCCGCGAGCAGUGCGACCUGCUGCACUCGAUGUGCAAGAAGAUGGAGGCGCUGUACGCGGAGCUGGCCGAGUACUACGUGUUCGACCCGCACAAGUACACGCUCGAGGAGUUCUUCGCAGACAUCAAGACCUUCAAGGAUUCCUUUGUGGCGGCCCAUACCGAAGUAGCGGCGGCGCGCGAGGCGGCGGCCCGCGCGGCCCGGGCCCGCAGCGCUAGGGCUGCGGCCGAGAGGGAGCGCCGCGACCGCACGCACCGCUACCAGCAACUGCUGGACAUACACCACGCGCAGGACGGCGUCAUGGACAGUUUGAUGGAAGCUCUACAAAGCGGGUCCGCGUUCAGUAGAGAACGGCCGAGGAAGAAAGCCAACCCACGGGUGGCGGGAGCCGAAAGAAGAGCACAGCUAAGUAGGUCUCGGUCGCGGUCUGGUUUAACGGGGGCGAUGACCACCAGAGAAUUAACUAAUGAAUUGCUGAGCAACGCGUGAUGAGACUCACACCAAGUGAUAUUAGGACUAUAAUUGUAUCGUUACUCUUGUAAUAGUAUUCAUAACGAAUUUGUAAUCGUCAUCAUCAUCAUAUCUUAUUAUCGUAAUAUCACAAAAUUGUUACUUUCGCGCGGUUUAACCUACUCUGCUUGGCUCCUAUUGGUCAUAGCGUGAUGUUUUAUAUCCUAUAAUCUUCCUCGAUAAAUGGGCUAUACAACACAAAAAGAAUUAUUCAAUUUGGACCAGUAGUUCCGUAAACGCGUUCAAACAAACACACAAUAGCUUAUAACCUUCCUCGAUAAAUGGGCUAUCCAACACAAAAAUAAUUAUUGGACAAGUAGUUCCGGAGAUUAGCGCAUUCAAACAAACAAAUUCUUCAGCUUUAUAUAAUAGUCACAAAGAUUGGGAAUUCAACUACUAAUCUAGGGGUUUAGUUCUCAAGUUAGACAAAAGUUUUUGGAUUUUAAUAGCAGAGUUCAGAACUGUGCCCCCUGUAUAGCAAUAGGCUCACCCCCUAUUACAUGGGACUUAUAACAUAAAUGAUGAAAAGUGGGUGUUACAUUGUAUAUUUGCACCUCUGCUUACCCCUUUGGUAUUUAAAAAAAAAAUUUAAUGUUUUAUAAGAUUCGCUAUGAAUACAUGAAGAGUUUAAAAACAUUAAAUUUAUAUUGCAUAAAUAUAAAGUAUUUUUGUAAUAGUUUUACUCAAAAGUCCAACGUACGUUGACCUCUCUGAAGUUAGCAAUUUCACUGUGUGAGCGAGACGCACAUAGGAAUUAGAGUAAGGAGUGACAGAGACAGAAAUACAUGCAGUGUACUUCAGGUAGGUCAGUUUAUACUGGUCUUAGUUUAUUUAUAAACUAGCGACCCGCCCCAGCUUCGCAUGGGUGCAAUGGUGAUAUAUUACGCAUGUAUUAUACAUAUAAAACUUCCUCUUGAAUCACUCUAUCUAUUAAAAAAACCGCAUCAAAAUCCGUUGCGUAGUUUUAAAGAUUUAAGCAUACAAAGGAACAUAGGGACAGAGAAAGCGACUUUGUUUUAUACUAUGUAGUGAUGAUUUGUCUCCUCUAAUAAUAUCUUCUGAUUUAUUCCGUUGCGGGAUCCAAGACAGUCAUUCAUGUCCCUGAGACGCGCCGGACUUCAGUGUUCCGGUGUUUUCAUGUUUGUAUCUACUGUAGAUCCUGGUGCACAGGAGUUGCAGCGGUAUGGGAGGUUGUGGCGGGCUUACAUAGGUACUAUAAUUUGUGCAAUGUAAAUUUGAUAUUACAAAUAAGUUAUUAGUUUUAAUAAAAAAAAUAACAUUAUGUAACGAAAUUACGUAAGAAACUUACGUGUUUUUUUUAUGAGGAUUUUAAUGUUAAAAUAAAUAAACGAAACGAGAAAACGUAAGGGUUGGGUUUUUUCGAAAAAUUUUGGCUAAAAAUCUGACUUUUAUCUAAAUUUUUUUGUUUAUACACUGUUCUUAAAAAUAUUCUUCAAUACGUGUUAAAGUUUUUCGAAAAAAUUAUCCCCUAAAUACAUUGUUAAAUAUGUAUGUAAAGUUAUUUGUUUAACUUGGUGAUUUUUAAUUUCCCUAUAGUCGCAUAUAUGUUCAGUAUAAAUGGUUGUUAAUAUACAACAAUUUAUACUCUUAGUUCCGACUUCCCAAAAAGGAGGAGGUUCUCAAUUCGGCCGGUAUGUUUUUUUUUUCUAUGUAUGUACACUGAUUACGCCAAGGUUUAAUAUUAUGAACCGAUUUGCAUGUUUAGUUUUUUGUUCGACGCGGAUUAAAGUCAAAGCAUUUAUUUCAAUUAAUCCUAAAUUAGGCACUUUUGAAACGUCAAAUUGAAUUGUCCGUCAGUCUGUCUGUCAGUGAAGCUAGAUGAUAGUAGAUUAGCUCAAUUACCUAUUCAUAGCAUAUAGGCUAAUUUCGAAAUUUCCUUUAUUAGAAGUUUAAGUCACCAAGCUAAGAAAAUAACGGAUUUUUUUUAAAUAAAAAUAAAUAAUAAUAAUAGUUAUGUCCAUUUUUACUUAGUAAUGUCUGUAUAUAAUGCUAAAUUUUGUAAUUUUCUUAUUACAUACAUUUAUACAUAGAUAGAUGCUAAUUAUGUUGGUGUCAAAUUGCCUUAAUAGUUAUAUAGAAUAGUUACAUGUCUAUAUACUCGUGGCCUACUCAAAUUCAACGAAAAAAAAUCGUCCAAUUUUUUCGAGGUCAUUUUUGUAGAUUUGAAUUUUAUAAUAGCAAGCUUAAUAGGUCUAGUGUUUUAUAGGCCCGAUAUUAGUGAUAUUGCAUAGGUUCAAGUUAUUGGUUAAAAUUUUAGUAGGUCUAUUUUUCGUGGUCCGAUUUAAUGUAAGCAUCUACAGACCCGCAUCGCACGCAUCGUACGUAUUCCGUAUGACGUCGUCAGUACGCAUCGCAUGUAGGAAUUGCCGAUGCGGAUCAGUGGACGCAAAGUCAAAGUCAAAUCGUUUAUUCCAAUAAACCAGUGGAACUCCCGGCCGGAGUCUGUGUUUCCUGAUGGUUACAACCUGGGUGGCUUCUAAGCCCGAGUCGCUUAUGGGCAGACGUGCUCCAUCGUAGGCCGCAUCAUCACUUACCAUCAGGCGAGAUAGCGGGCAAAUGUCGGCUCAAUAAACAUAAAAAAAACCAUAUACUUAGGUACUUUUGAAACGUCAACAAAGAAAGAAGUAAACAAUAGUCUGUCAGUCUGUCCGUCAGUGAAGCUAGGUUGUAUGAGUUUCUAUACAAGAUAAACUGAAAUCCGUUGCGUACGAUGCGUACAAUGCGGGUCUGUGGACGCUUACUUUUACUUGUGUUUUUUUUUGAAGUAUUUGUUGAAUCUUUGAGGUUACGUUAUUACAAUGUGUAUUGUGUUAAAUUCUCGUUAAAGUCAAACUCAAAUCAUGUAUUAAACCAUAAAUAAGUACUUUUGAAAUGUCAACAAAUAAAGAAAUAAAUAAUAGUCUCUCAGUCUGUCCGUCAGUGAAACUAGGUGCUCGUUCCAAAGUGUAACUUCGAAUGGAGAAGAACGAGCAAGAAACUCCAUUCGUCAUCUAAUUUCUGAAGGAGAACGGAGAAGCUAUUCGCCUUAAAUAAUUUGAUUUAGUAAAAAUGUACUAAGACGUGAUGUCAUGUGAUAUUUUUAAAUCAAUGUAUAAUGUCUGCUUAAAAAUUUCUCAAAAUUUUUUAAACGACUACUUCAAAAGACGAGUAAUGCUUUUUCAACCUACUUAAUAGAUAAAAAGGUAGUCAAAAAUAUGUAUCUAGGCCUUAAAUUGUUUAGUCUGAAAUUCAGCCCCAAUAUGACUUAAUUUAGAUUUAAAAAGGUUACUUUUAAAAACAAGUUUUGCACAAAUUAGUCCCUAUUACAUGGGAUUUAUAACAUAAUUGGUGAAAAGUUGGUGUUAUAUUGUAGUCUGCAGUUAUUUAGUAUAUAGGUAAGAAAAUAAAGCUUGAUUCAGUACAGAGAGUAGGUAUUAUUAUACUAAACUAGCAAACCCGGCGAACUCCAUUUCGCCAUCAAUGAUUUUCCUUGUUUUUCUGCUUUUCUUUUGAAAAUUUUCCUAAAUUUUCUUUGUUAUAAACCUCACGGAGCCCGAAACCUUUCCAAUGAAUACAAAACCGUGAAAAUCGGUUCGUGCGUUCUGGAGUUAUAGCGUCAGGAAGGAAAGUCCGACUUAUUUUUAUAUUAAUAUAUAUCGCCCACUAUCCUGUGUAAAAAAUAACCUACGUGUUAUUUCCGACCAUAAUUCAAAUUUCAUCCCGAUCUCUUCAGCUGUUUUCAGAGUAACAAACAUACUCAUAAACUUUCGCAGUUAUAUUUGUAAGAUAAUAAUGCCAUAUAUUUUGUAGACAGCCAAUGGUUACUGUCUCUGUACCGAAUCAAUUUUUAUUUUACUUACCUGCUUACUCUUUAGUAUCUUACUUGAGCGAUUGAGAAGCGAACGCGAAGCGGUGCGGUGACACGCGAAUUCAACGCGAUGCGGUGUGACGGCGGCUAUGUCCUACGUGCAUGUGAAUCGUUUCGUUUUGUUUCUGUUUCCGACAUUAUAAACAAAUACGUGACGGCACCGCGUCCAGUUCGCGCGACAAUAUCGAGCCAGUUGAUCACACCGCAUCCCACGUGCGGUUGGUGACGUAGGCCACGUCAAUACAUUUUGACAGUUUGUUGUUUUCGCGCCGCAUCGCUUCGCGUUCGCUUCUAGAUCGCUCACGCCAGACGUCGCGUGAAUGCCUUGGUUGACUCUACCUAUGAACAAUGCCUAUGAAGUUUUGUAUGUAAAAAGCUUAGAAUGUUCGCAUAUAUGUAUGUAUAAGUCCCGCUGACUGUAACUAGUAUACUAUAUAAUAUGCAUCGUGUAAAUAUAUUUUUGUAAAAUGUUACAUUUUUACUUAAUUAUAAUGUUUUUAAAACUA